AUGGGCUGGACUACUGGUGUAGACAUAAAUCUCUUGUGCAAGGGUUCCUCUGAGCUGUCAGUGUUGAGGUCUCAGUUACAAGUGACGGAAGCAGCUGGUGAUGAGCUACUUGUGUUAGUGCAGAUGGAGGGGAAAAUGAGGCUUGUGGACCCUUCCCAAAGUACAGUGUGGAUGGUGCAGCCUGAAGGAGUUAAUGGAGAGACUGAUUACUAUUUUGCAUAUGGCACCAAGAUGGAAGGUACUCUCAGUACAACAUUGACAAAAGACCUGGGCAAACCAGAGAAAUUAACUGCCAGGAAAUUAUUGAAAUUCACUAAAUUUCAUGAGACUAAAACUGGUAUUGCUUUGUUGUAUGAUGAAGUAUCUGAAAAUGCUCACGACAUCCGACUGAAGCUCACAAAAGAGGUAUUAACAAUUCAAAAACAAGAUGUCGUCUGUGUUAGUGGAAGUGAUCACAGUGCAAAUCACAGAACUGUUACACUUCAUAGACAACCAGUUGGUGGCUUGGGCUUAAGCAUAAAGGGCGGUGCUGAGCACAAAGUGCCUGUCGUCAUAUCAAAAAUGUUUAAAGACCAAGCAGCUGACCAAACUGGAAUGUUAUUUAUAGGAGAUGCAAUAAUACAGGUUAAUGGUAUUAACGUAGAAAAUGCUACCCAUGAAGAAGUGGUACACCUACUGCGAAAUGCUGGUGAUGAAGUUACAAUUACUGUUCAGUACUUCAGAGAAGCUCCAUCAUUUUUAAAGCUCCCAUUAGGUUCCCCUGGACCAUCCAGUGAUCACAGUAGUGGAGCUUCAUCACCUCUCUUUGACAGUGGCUUGCAUUUAAAUGGGAACUCGGCUAACACUGCUCCAUCAUCACCUUCUUCGCCCAUAGCUAAUGAACCAAAAUACGAAAAGCGCUGGCUAGACACCUUAUCAAUUCCUUUGUCAAUGGCUCGAAUCUCGAGGUACAAAACUGGAACAGAUAAAUUGAGAUCUAAUGCAUUUGAAGUGCUGGCACUCGAUGGAGUUAGUACUGGGAUACUUCAGUUUUAUACAGCCCAGGAGAGUGCUGACUGGCUGAGAGCAAUAUCAACUAACAUCAGUGAUUUGACACUGCAAAAUAUGAAAAUGGCAAAUAAAUGCUCUUCUCCCUCAGACCAGGUCAUUCAUAUGGGAUGGGUACAUGAGAGACUUGAAGGAACUGAUUCAUCUCAGCUCUACAAAUUCAAGUUUCUAGCACUGAGGGGUUCAUCCUUCUAUAUUUUCAGUACUCCACCGGUAAGCACACUAGACUGGGUACGAGCUGAAAAAAUGUAUAACCUCUGUGAGGUUCUAUUUAAAAUUCACAAGCUCUGGCUUGCUGAUGAUUGUUGGCUACAAGCAAACUUGUAUUUUGGUAUUCAUCAGGACUUCGAUUUCGAAGACCACAGGCCCUAUUGUUUCAGUGUUAUGGUUGGACAUGGCAAGAGUCAUUGUUUCAAUGUAGAGCUGGGCAGCGAGUUGGCAGUUUGGGAGAAAUCAUUUCAAAGAGCAAUUUUCUUGGAAGUUCAAAGAACUGGGUCUAAAACGUAUAUGUGCAGUUGGCAAGGGGAUACUCUGUGUUUCACAGUUGACUUUGCUCUGGGAUUUACCUGUUUUGACAGUAAAACAAAGAACGUUCUGUGGAGGUUUAAAUUCUCUCAGCUGAAAGGCUCUUCAGAUGAUGGGAAAACAAAAGUAAAGCUGCUUUUUCAGAAUCCAGACACCAAACAAAUAGAAACAAAGGAACUUGAAUUUCAGGAUCUGACAGCAGUUUUACAUUGUAUUCACUCCUUUAUAGCUGCAAAAGUGGCAUCUGUGGAUCCAGUAUUCAUAGACAGCCAGAGUAUUGCGAGAAAAUAUAUGUACAGUAACUGAUAUGUGACUAUGGCAAAUAAAUUAUUUUCUUAAAGAAAGUAGUUAUUUCAUGCACAAUAUUGCAACUUUGUGAUUUUCUAAGUCUAUGGUUGUGUUAUCUGUAAUGCUAACAGUUUUCACACUUUGUUUAACAUUUUGAAUCUAUGAGUUAACAAAUAUUAAACUGAAUCAGUUUGUUGUCUGCACUAAUCUAAUACUCUGAGCAGAUAUUCAUUCAGUAACAUUUGUGGUGUCAUUUUGAUUUCUGUUCUUAUGGUCAUGCAUAUCUACCCGUGUAUUAGAUAAAAACACAAAUUAACAUUUGAAAAUGGGCGUCCAAAAAUUAGGAUUUUUAAGUGUAUUUUGAAAAUUGCUGUGCACAAUUUCUACAGUCCUCACUGAAAAGAACUGAUUAUUGUAGAAAACUACAAUAGGAAAUGGACUUUCAUCUUGCUUUGAUGGGUUUGAAAAUUUACAGUUCCUUGUUCCAGUAUUUUUGAGGCCAGAGAGUUAGAUCUGGCAUAACACAAAGUAAUCUGUCUCAGACUGAGGAAAAGAUUGAAGCCCAUAGUUGAUUCUGGCCUUAUUACGUAGCCUGAGUGUAUGCAGAACGUAUUGCUACAUAUGUAUUUAAAUACCUUGCCAGAUCAACUGAAGAGCUUUGUUCUAAGCUGAGGAGCCUAACUGUAGGCACUGAGUUGUAGAAAACUUGCCAUAGGAUUUUCUUAUCUGUUAAUAAAGCUUCCAUGAAUCAUUCAUAGAUAUCACUCAUAUAUUCCGUUAACAGUAACCUCCAGUGUGAUGCUCUGUAACUUCGUUGUUUGACAGAGGAUGCUCUCAAUGGAGUGAACAUAAAGAAUUUUCUGGCCCAUCCACCUCCUUUUUUUUUUUUUUUUCCCCACACCUCUAGCCCUGUCUUACAUAUAUGCUUAAACACAAGUGAAAAGAGGAUAUGGGUCUAUUUUUUGACUUGUUCUUUAAAUUUCUUCUGAAAUCACUUUCUUAUUUGCACAGAUAAUGCUUCCUGUUACUAAAAAACUGUUGAAGGAAGACAUUUUAAUCUUAGGGGGAAGUAAUAACAAGUAUUCCAGGCUUCUGUGAUAAAAAUCUCAGUUGUUUUCAACUGUAGUUUUGAGGCAACAUCAUGCAAUAUUAUGAUUUUUUUUGAGAAAUGUAAGAAAAAAAUAUUAAAAAUCAGGCAAUGUACAAAAUGCAUAUACAUCAAUGUAAUCAAACGUUCUAAAUUAUGUCUAAAAAGUGUCCUAGAAUAAAAGCCUAAAAUCAAUGUAUGCUAAGGAAAGUAGGUAGGUGCCUUUAAAAGCUCUUAGGUGAGGAGUCUUUUUACCUAACUUCGAUGUCUGAAUUUAAUUAGAAACGUUCCACCUCUGUCUUAAGGCAGGUAACUGUCUUGAAAGACAGCAGUGGAGCCUUGGGCACUUAAUUCUAAAGAAUGCUUAUCUGCCUAUCUAAAGCAUAGGCACAAUUAAAGUGCUUAUAGUUGGUGAUCUGAUCCUACCAUAAAGAUUGCCUAAUGCAAAGUGGUAUCUUGAGAGAAAUUAUUUUAAAUGUUAGGGAUGCUGUUUGCAAUUCCAUUGUUGUUUACAGACCUGAUGUUUGCAAGGAGGGGUAAUAGGACAGCCAACUCCCUUGAAAACAUUUUUUUAGAAAAGCUGAGCAAUAUUUUUAUUAAUUGUAAAUAAAUUUUUAUUAUAUUAAAAAAUUUUAAUUUAAUUUUCAGUUUUGCUUUUAAAUUUCAGCUUUUUAUUUUUACUGAGAUUUUAACAUUGACAAAUGGUAGCAUUAGAAACUGAAAGGCUUUCUCAUAGUCAAUUCUCAAUUAUUAGCGUGAAAAAAUUAUAGAUUACGAAGUGACUAUAGAUUGAAGCACGAUGGAAAUUUUGCUCUGUUUUGUUUUUAUUC